UGCACGGAGUCAGUAGCGGUACUUGGUGGUUGAUUUGAGAAUAUUUUGAUGGAGUCGAAAUGGUUAAUGUAUGUGUUAUUUACACUCUUCUUAUUAGAAGGGUUAUGGUGCCAAGGGUGUUGGGAUGAAGAGAGAACUUCUCUCCUCCAACUCAAGACUUUCUUCAUAAAAUCUUGGCACCUGAGAAACUGGGAGAGAGGAGAGCAAAAUUCAGAUUGUUGUCAAUGGGAGGGGGUUGAGUGCAACUCUGCUACUGGACGAGUCAUAACGCUCAAUCUCAAUUACUCAUCGUACAAAGAACUUGAUCGCGAUUGGUAUCCACUACAUAGCUUAAUGGAAUGGGAGAAUGUGUAUCUAAAUGCGUCUUUGUUUCUUACAUUUGUGGAAUUAAAGAGUCUCCAUUUAGCUGGUUAUGGAAUGGCUGGUUGCAUUGAAAAUGAAGGUUUUGAGAGACUUUCUAAGUUGAGAAAUUUGGAAAUCCUCGAUCUAGGUUACAAUAUGUUGAACAAUAGUAUCUUAUCAUCUUUGACUGAGCUUUCAUCUCUUAAGUCUCUAUAUCUUGUUGGUAACAAAUUUGAAGCAUCCAACCAUGCUGAUGGUUUUGAGAAGCUUUUUAAGUUGAGAAAUUUGGAAAUCCUCGAUCUAAAUGACAAUAUGUUGAACAAUUGUAUCUUAUCAUCUUUGAGUGAGCUUCCAUCUCUCAAGUCUCUAUAUCUAGCUGCUAACAAAUUUGAAGCAUCCGACUAUGCUGAUGGUUUUGAGAGACUUUCUAAGCUGAGAAAUUUGGAAAUCCUCGAUCUAAGUUACAAUAUGUUGAACAAUAGUAUCUUAUCAUCUUUGAGUGAGCUUCCAUCUCUCAAGUCUCUAUAUCUAGCUAACAACAAAUUCCAAGCGUCUAACCAUGGCAAUGUCGAAAUGGUUAAUGUAUGUGCUACUUACACUCUUCUUAUUGGAAGGGCUGUGGUGCCAACGGUGUUGGGACUAAGAGAGAACUGCUCUCCUCCUACUCAAACCUUUCUUCAAUUCUACAUUCUCUCUAAGAAACUAGGGUUUCUUAAGCUUUCAAAGAGGUUGAGCAAUUUGGAAAUCCUUAACUUGCAAGGAAAUUUCUUCACUAAUAGCAUUUUGCCAUAUUUGAGUGAGCUUUUAUCUCUCAAAUAUCUAAAUCUAGCUGACAACAACCUCCAAGCAUCUAACCGUGUUGAAGCUGAUUUAGAAAAGCUGUCAAGACUUGACCAUUUGGAGGUGCUUGACCUCGGAGGAGUAAACUUCAGUUACAACAUCCUAUCAUCUUUGGCAAGUCUUCCAUCUUUAAAACUUCUAUUCCUAAAAUCUGGUACAAUAAGAAUGAACCCAAGUACAAGAGAUUUUCAUAACUUGUCCAAAGUGGAAGGGAUCUUUCUGGAAUAUUCUGUCCUCCCAACCAACUUCUUUCGUGACAUUGGAGCAUUGACUUCUCUCAAGCGUCUAUCACUAUUUAACUGUGGACUAAGCGACUCCUUAACAAGCCCAGGCUUGUGUGAAUUGACACAUCUUCUUGAGUUGGAUGUUGGUUCCAAUUAUUUAGGGGGAGCCUUGCCUUCAUGUUUGGCAAACUUGACUUCUCUCAAGAGUUUAAGCCUUGAUUCAAACAACUUUUCUGGAGAUAUAGCUUUGUCACCCCUUAACAAAUUGACAUCCCUUUAUAACCUAUCCAUUUCAGACAAUCACUUCCAAAUCCCAAUCUCCUUUCGACCAUUCUUCAACCAUUCGAAACUCAAGCAUAUUUAUGCUAAAAACAAUGAAUUUUAUGUAGAUACCAACACUGAAUCUUUAGAACCAACUUUCCAACUAAAUACCUUAGUUUUGUCAGGUUAUGGAGAUUGUGGAGGAAUUCCAAACUUCCUUCACUCUCAACAUGACCUUGAACAUUUAGACCUCUCGCACCUUAACCUAACAGGAGAGUUUCCCAUUUGGUUAUUGGAAAACAACACAAGGUUGCAUACACUUUUGCUGGCUAACAAUUCCCUUUCUGGACCUAUUGGGUUUCCAUCUCAUUUUGAUCAUAUGAAUUUGGAAGUUCUAGAUAUCUCCAAAAAUUUCUUUGAAGGCCAUAUUCAAAUGGAGAUCAAAACAUCUUUGCCAAGUUUAAGAAAUUUAAACAUUUCAAGAAAUUCUCUUACUGGCAGCAUUUCUCCUUCAAUUGGUGAUAUGAAGUUGUACUAUUUGGACUUAUCUCGAAAUUCUCUUAUUGGCAGCAUUCCUCCUUCAAUUGGUGAUAUGAAGCUGUACUAUUUGGACUUAUCUCGAAAUUCUCUUACUGGCAGCAUUCCUCCUUCAAUUGGUGAUAUGAAGUUGUACCAUUUGGAUUUAUCUCAUAAUAAUUUAUCUGGUGGAAUACCUGAUGAAUUAACCAUGGGUUGCUCAUCAUUGAGUGUUCUUGUGCUAUCAAACAACAAUUUGCAAGGCCAUAUUUUCUCUGAAAAAUUUAGCUUAUUCCAGUUGGAGGAAUUGCAGUUGGAUGGCAAUCACUUUUCUGGAAGUAUCCCAAAAGGUUUAUCUAAUUGCUCCUCUCUGUCUUCAAUAGAUUUCAGCAAUAACAAUCUCUCUGGAAAGAUCCCAAGCUGGAUGGGUAAUCUAUCAUACUUACGCGAAAUUAUCAUGCCCAAUAAUGGUCUUGAAGGUCCAAUUCCUAUUGACUUUUGUCAGCUUCAGUCUCUUGAAAUUCUAGACCUUUCAAAUAAUAAUAUUUCGGGGAGUCUACCAGCUUGUUUCAAGCCAAUGGAGAUAAAUCAUGUUCAUUUAUCCAAAAACAGGCUAGAAGGAUCGCUGAUAACACAAUUUUGUAACAGCUUUUCUCUAAUAACGCUAGAUCUCAGUGACAACCAGCUAAGUGGAAACAUCCCAGAUUGCAUCAAUAUGCUUGGUGAGUUGAGUUAUCUUAUCUUGAAGAACAAUAAUCUUAUAGGUGAGAUCCCAAUUCAGCUAUGCAAGUUGCAAAAAUUGAGCUUAAUUGAUUUAUCUCAGAACCAUCUUUCGGGCUAUAUACCUUCUUGCCUAAAUAUUACCACUUUUGAUGAGGCAUCCAAAGUUGAUCCAUCUACUGCUCAAGUUGUUGCUCAACCCCCUGGGGGGCCAAUUUCUACAGAUGAACCAGUGUAUUUCACAACAAAGAGUGUGUCAUAUUCUUACAAAGGAAAACUUCUCACCUACAUGUCUGGAAUAGACUUCUCCUGCAACAAGCUAACCGGUGAAAUUCCUAAUGAAAUUGGGCACCUCAAUAAGAUUCAUGUACUAAACUUGUCUCAUAAUUUCUUAGUUGGUCAAAUUCCAACUACAUUUUCUAACCUUGAGCAAAUUGAGAGCUUGGAUCUUUCCUACAACAAUUUGAGUGGGAAGAUUCCUCCCCAGCUUGUUAAAUUGCAUUACUUAUCUAUCUUUAGUGUGGCAUACAACAAUCUAUCAGGCAAGACACCAGCAUGGGUCAAGCAAUUUGCGACAUUUAAUAAAAAUUGCUAUCAGGGUAAUCCUCUGCUUUGUGGGGAACCAAUGAGAAGUUGCUCAGCAGCAAGUCCACCACCAUUGAUCCAAGGAGGUCCAACCCAGGGUAGAGAAGAUGAUGGUUCCAUAGAUAUGGGUGUCUUCUAUGUGAGUUUAGCUGUGUCUUACAUAAUGGUGCUCAUGACUAUUGCUGCAGUUCUAUAUAUAAAUCCUUAUUGGAGACGAGCAUGGUUCUAUUACACUGAGAUGUGCUUCAUUUCUUGCUACUAUUUUAUGGUAGAUCAUCUACCCAAGCAAUUUCAUUAAAGAAUGUAACCAUAUUAUAGGAUGCUUGUGGCUCUGUUCUUUAUUGUGGUUGUAAAUCUAAACGGGGCAGCAACUGUCUACUGAGGCACGCAAAGGAGUAGAUUGCAUGUUUCUUGUGGUGGGGCUGUGGUAUUGGAAAUGCAUGGGUUGCUUCAACUGGUUGAUUUUUUUAGCUUUUCUCAUGUCAAGAGUGAAGCAAAUAGAUGCCCAUAACACGG